AUGUGCUGUCCACCUCGCGGUUUGCGCCAUCCUGAAGGAGGCACGGAGAACAACACUCGUCUCGGUAGACGAGGAGGAAAAGGCGCAAGUAUUUUGGAUGAACUAACCAAAUUCAUCCCGUCCUUUUGUAUGUACUUUGCACCCACAAAUUGUAAGGUCCUGCUCGUGGACAUGCAGUCACUGAACACGCCACUUACAAUCCAGGGAGAGGGACUGGACGUUGUAGAGUUUUACGUAUCUUGGAAUUCUGAUUUUAUUGUGAUAGAUGAGGUCAAUACACGGAUCUGCAAGGCUCAGUUCGCGUUUGCUAAUUUGAGACGCCUAUGGCGUCAAGGUGGUGUAUCUGUGCAUCUCAAGGAACAUGUGUAUCAAGCUACAGUGCGAGCUGUUUCGUUGUAUGGCUGA